AUGACCGCCGCCGACGCGCCGGGCGACGACUCGUCCGAUGACGAGAUCGUCAAGCCAAAACCCAAGCGCGGGCUUCGAGGGAUGCUCCUGCAGUACAUGCUCUACGACGUCCUCAUUCGACCGACGAGUUGGCACUUCGCGACUCUGCACGACGACGAGCGCGAGCGCGCGUGGUCCGACUCCAUCGCGUCCGCGUGCGCGUCCACGGAGGGCGCGGUGUACGUGAUAAGCAACCCGAGCGAGCUCCCGAGCGUGCCGAUAUUCGCGUCCGCGAUCGUGCGCGACGCGAUGCCGUCCAAGCCGCGGUUCGUGCACGUGCUCGAGCCGCGGCGACCGAUCGCAUCCGCGCUGCGCGCGUGCGUGAAGGAGUGCGCGCUCGACGGCGUGACGCGAGUCCUCCAAGCGAGCGCGGGGGUGUACCGUCCGAACCCGAAAGCGCGCCCAGAAGCGCCCGGGGGGUUCGCGCGCGUGCUCCUCGUCCCCGGCGUCGAGGACAUCGCGAGCGUCGGCAAGGCGUUCGAGGACGCGAUCGAGGCGAGGGAAAACGUGAUCGCGCCCGACGCGACGGUGCUGCCGUCCGCCGUGAGCGUCCGAGCGCUGGGGGUGACCAUCCCGGCGCAGACGGACUUAGUUCGCGCGCCGCUGGGGACGGUCUCCGGGUUCGACCUGAGCGAGUUCAACGUCUUUCGAGGCGAAGCCCCGGUGGACUUGGUGCGCCUGAGCGACGUCAAACACGCCACGGUGACGCGCGAGGCGGAGCUCGCGCGCGUGUCCUUGCAAGCUCCGCUCGUGAUGGGCGAGGACGGCGAGGCGCGCCUCGACGGGAUGAACCUGGAGUGCCUCGCGCUGGAUCUCGAAGCGAUCGAGGACGGCGAGCUCACCGCGGUCGCGCUGUGGACGGACUGUCAGAUGGUCGGCGGCGUCCUCAGCGGCGGCGAAGGGCGGAGAUCGCGGCGCCAGAUGGUGAGCUUCCUCGCGACGCCGGCGCGCGUGACGCGAGGGUCGACCGUGCGUCUUCGGGGGAAGUACGAUCCGUCCACGGGCCACUUCACGUUCGUGAACGCGGAAGCGGACGCGCCCCCGCCGCCGCCGAAACCGACGACGACGACGACGCCCGCGGGCGAGAGCCCCCUCGCGAAAGGCGUCAGCGCGUCCGUCGAGCGGUGGCACUUCCCGAUGAUCAACGACGAGCGAAGGAACCGCGCGUACGACGCCGCGAUUCAAAAGUGCAUGGCAUCUGGAUCGCACAAGGUCGUGGACAUCGGCGGCGGGUCUGGUCUCCUCGCGAUGAUGGCCGCGCGAGCGGGCGCGGAGGAGGUGAUCACCGUCGAACGCGUCGGGGACAUGGCCGAGUGCGCGCGCGCGGUGCUCGCGUCGAACGGCUUCGCGGAGAAGAUUCGCGUCGUGCACGGGUCGUCGUUAGACCUGACCCCGGAGACGCUCGGGUUCGCGGACGGCGCGAGGCCCACGGUGGUUUUGUCCGAGGUGUUAGACGACGGUCUCUUGGGCGAGGGCGUGAUACCCACGGUAGCGCACGCGCGAAGGGAGCUCGCGGCGCCGGGCGCGUUGGUCGUCCCCGCCGCCGCGAAAGUGUACGCGAUGGUCGUGUCCAUGCCGCCGCAGCCGGAGCCGAUCGUCAUGCCCGCGAGCUCGACGCCGGUCGGCGGCGGCGCGUCUCGGUGGUCCGCGUACGACACCCUGCGACCGCCGGAAGUGAAGAAGUACACGUCCGUGAGAGCGGACCGGGUGAAGUUUACGCCGUUGUCGGCGCCGUUCGAGGUGUUCGGUUUCGACUUCGACGCGCCUCUCGACGACCCGGCGUCGAUGGCGGACUACUCACGCGAGAGCGACGUCGUCGUCGACGCGACCUCGAGCGGGACCGCGAACGCGGUCGUGUUCUGGUUCACGCUGACGCUGAACCGACCGACGGAGGAGGACGCGCCUGCGGACCUGUGCACGUACCCGGCGAUGACGGCGACGUGCGGCGCCGUGGAGAGCAGUCGGUGCUGGAACGAGGCGCUGCAGUUUUUGACGCCCGCGAGCGUGGAGGCGGGGAAGUCUGUUCUUUAG